AUGCCAGUGGAAGCAACUGAAACAGAAGUGGUUGUUACACAUCCUUCUAAUGGAAAUACUGCGGUUAAAAUAUUGAACUAUGGGGCCACAGCUUACUCUUGGACUAUUGAAGGAAAGGAGCAAUUAUGGCUAUCAGCAGCUGCUAAGCUAGAUGGAUCGAAACCGGUACGUGGUGGUAUCCCAUUAGUUUUCCCAGUUUUUGGGAAGAAUACAGAUGACGAAUAUUUAUCGAAGUUGCCCCAGCAUGGAGUUGCUAGGAAUUCUACGUGGGAAUUUCUUGGACAAGUCAAGGAAAACCCACCUACUGUGCAGUUUGGAUUGGGCCCAGAGUUGGCUAAUGAAGAGCUUACGUCUCUGUGGCCAUUCGACUAUACUUUGGUGUUGACAAUUGAAUUAGGCAAGGAGCACUUGAAGACGGAUAUCGAAGUUGUGAACACAUCUACCGCAGAAGCUUUGAAGUUUAACUGGUUGUUCCAUACAUACCUGAAGAUUGAUGACAUUGAAGAUACAAUGGUCUCAAAUCUAGCUGAAUUUAAAGUUUACGAUCAGGUCUUGAAACAGACAUACAUUGACAACCAGCCAGUCGUUUCCGUUCACGAAGAACUAGACAGGGUGUACCAGAAGGUGUCGGAGAAUAGGGUAAUUCAGGUUGUCGACAAGGGCGAGCCAAUACAUACGCUCAAGAGGAAGAAUCUCCCUGAUGUCGUUGUGUGGAAUCCAUGGGUUGAUAAGUCAAAAUCCAUGGCUGAUUUCGAACCAAAAUCUGAUUACGAAAAGAUGAUAUGUAUUGAACCUGGCCAUGUUCACGACUUUAUAGUUUUAAAGCCAGGUGAGAAAUGGUCCGGAUCCCAAUUGCUAUCCAAGGACAGUUUGAAGUAUCAAGUGGUCUGA